UAUUAAACUCUGAAAACAACGUCAAGCGUUCAAUGAUGCGCUCGUUGCUACGGACGCUUUGGCUGGUUGCUAACAGGAAGAGUGAAAGUACUUCCGGGUGAAGAAGCAGAAGCGAUAUCCACGUGAAUUAGCAAAAUAUUAUAGAGGUGUUUUGCUGCCAAAAAGCCAGCGGAGAAAGUGAAAAUGAAGGUGAAGGAAGACAAAAGUGGGGACAAAAUUGUAAAGAAGAAAAACAAGAAAGAACACAAGGCUCUGCCUGAAGACCAAAAUAGUACUGGUGAUGAUGGGACACUCCUAGAGGUGAAGAAAGGAAAGAAGAAGAAUAAAAAGGUGGAUGCAGUAAUCGCAGAGGAUGAGUCUUUAGAUCAAGUUGUUGUAAAAGAGGACAAGAAGAAAAAGAAGAAGAGGAAAGCGGUCACAGAAUCCGUGAAUGAUUCUAAUGGUACUGAUGUCAAAAAUGGAAAUGACAAAGAAGUCUGUAAAAAGAAGAAGAAGAAGAUGACAGAUGAUGAGAGCCAAGUGGAAACUGCAGAAAGUUCAGUAAAAGAAGGAGUGGAAAAGAAACCGAAGAAGGAGAAGAAAGAAAAUAACAAGUCUGAAAAGUUAAAGAUAGAAAAAGAGGGGGUGGAGGAAGAAGAAGCUGGAAAGGAAAAGCUGCAAGAGACAGCAAUUAAGACACAAAACAGAGUUUUAGUUGAAGGCACAGAGACAGAGGAGAAAGUUAAAGAAAAGAAGAAGAAGAAAAAGAAAGCCGACGUUGAGGAAAACAUGACAACGGAGGAAGAAAUAAGUGUAAGCAAAAAGAAAAAGAAGGCGAAAACAAAAGAGUCUGAGAACGGAGUGAAAUCGGAGACGCUAGAGGGAGAGAGUGAUGAGGUUAAAGACGUCAAACUGAAAAAGAAGAAAAAGAAAUCAGAUGACAAUGAAGCCGGAUCACCUCAGAUCAAAGAAGAUGAUAACAGUAUCCUCAACCAGGGAGACCAGUCCACAAAGGAUGAGGCUGGAGUCACAGAGGAAGGGGAGACAGAGCAAAAGAAAAAAGGAAAGAAAGAAAAGAAGAGAAAAUCCUCUGUGGAGGUCAGCGAAGUAGAGGAGGCCGAGCCGAGAAAGAAGAAAAGGAAAAAGGGAGAGAAGAGGGAACAUCCAGAGCUCCAAUGUGAAGACGUUGAGGAGCAGAGUACGGACACAAGCAAAAAGAGUAAGAAGCAAAAGAUCUCUGUGUGUGAGGAGACGCAGGAUGUGAGCUCUGAACCCGUCAAGAAGAAGAAGAAGGUUAAAAAAGAGGUGAAAGAAGAAGAACAUGUGUCAGCCCAAACUGAUGUCUCUUCAGGAAACACUGAUGAGGUCAGCAUCGACCAGGAGAGAAGACAGGCAUCACAGAUGGAGGCUGACCAGGCGUCUGAAACUCAGAAACCAGCCAAAGCUGCGGGUUUCGGUCAGUGGAGCACAGCUCAGUUCAGCAGCUCUGAGCAGCAGCAGAAGUUCCUCCGGCUGAUGGGCGGAUUCAAAAAGAGUUUCCAGCCGUCUACAGGGAGCACCGGAGGAGGAGGAGGAGGAGGAGGAGCGAGCAUGGCACUGGGGAAGGACGCUCAGCAGCAGCUGCAGCAAGGGCUUAUGGGAGAUUUUGAACGCGCUCACUCCCGCAGACAGGACUUCAGUAACAGAGGCGCAGGUCUCGGGUUUUCUGCACCAUCCAAUAAGAAGUUCUCCAUCGACGUCAACUCGUGUCGAUCCGUUCGCUUUGAUGACUGAAGUGUGUUUGUGUGUCAGUGUGUCUGUUUUUGUGCAUGCAGUUUUACUCAUUUUCUCGUACAUGAUGGAUAUUAAAUGUCUUUCAGUGAAACUGGACUCUUUAAAUGGAGGUUCAUGGUGUGAUUUAAGUAGAUCACUGUUUACCUGGAGUUAGUUCUGCAGGUACAAAUGAAAAUGUUUCAAGUCCUAACCAUUUGCCUCCUAGAAAUAAAACCCUGAUUCACCUCAAACUUCUUCAGAUUAAA